UGUCCCGUGUCCCAGGCCUAGGCAGCGAGGAUGAGCAAGAGCAAGGACGACGCCCCGCACGAGCUGGAGAGCCAGUUCGUGCUGCGGCUGCCUCCGGAAUAUGCCUCCACUGUGCGGAGAGCGGUACAGUCUGGGAGCGUCAACUUGAAGGACAGGCUCACCAUCGAGCUGCACGCGGAUGGGCGCCAUGGGAUUGUCCGCGUAGACCGGGUGCCACUGGCAGCCAAGCUGGUGGAUCUGCCCUGCAUCAUCGAAAGCUUAAAAACCAUUGAUAAGAAGACCUUCUAUAAGACAGCAGAUAUCUGCCAGAUGCUCGUUUGCACUGUGGAUGGUGAUCUCUACCCCCCUUUGGAAGAGCAAACUGUGAGCACUGACCCCAAGGCAAACAAGAAAAAAGACAAGGACAGAGAGAAGAAAUUCAUCUGGAACCAUGGCAUUACUCUUCCCCUGAAAAAUGUACGAAAGAGACGAUUCCGGAAGACAGCUAAGAAGAAGUAUAUUGAGUCUCCCGAUGUGGAGAAAGAGGUGAAACGUCUCCUGAGCACAGAUGCUGAAGCUGUCAGUGUCCGCUGGGAAGUCAUUGCUGAAGAUGAAACGAAAGAAGUAGACAACCAUGGUUCACUCACGAGCCUGGACAUCUCCUCCCCAGGGAUGUCGGGACAUAAGCAAGGCCAUGGAUCCUCAGAACAUGAUGAACUGCGGGAGAUAUUUAACGACAUCAGCAGCAGCAGUGAAGAUGAAGAUGAGCGGGAUCAUCAUGAUGAUGAAGACCUGAACAUUAUGGACACCGAGGAGGACUUGGAGAGGCAGCUGCAGGACAAGCUGAAUGAGUCUGAUGGGCAGCAGCAGGAGAAUGAGGGGUCCAACCAGAUAGUCAUGGGGAUCCAGAAACAGAUUGACAACCUGAAGAGUAAGCUCCAGGAGACCCAGGACAGGAGGAAGCGCCAGGAAGAUCUUAUAAUGAAAGUAGAGAACCUAGCCCUCAAGACCCGUCUGCAAGCUGUGCUGGAUGAAUUCAAGCAGCAGGAAGAGCGAGAGAAGCAGCAGAUGACGUCUCUGCAGGAGCAGCUGGAGUCCCUCAUGGAGAAGUGAGAAGCGGGCCCGGCCUGAGCAGCAGGUCUUUGUACAUGCGAGCAGAGCUGGAAGUGUUCAUCCCCCAUGCUGAUGUCUGAGAAAAGAAUUAGACUACGCCUGUGAGAGCAAUGAAAACACUGGGAUUUACUGUAAAUAUUCAGGACCACUCUCCUUGAGGGAAUUGGUUCUCCCUGGGCCAGCUCUCUGCAUCUCAUUGAGUCUUGGACUUGAUGGGCUGUGACCUGGUGGGAACUUGUUCCUGUGUUUGGGAAUUGUUUGUGUCUGCAAACAAGGCUCAAUAAAGUACCCUCUUCUGUUUCCUCCAUA